GAUGGCUACCAGUGUGUUUCGCCUGACUCGAGCUUACAUUUCCUCCUCCAGUACAGGCGUGAUCAGGUCUUCCUCUACCGUCAGCAUGGGCACAGCUAUGAAGACGAGCGGUUCCGCGCUGGAGCGGCUGGACUUUGAUAAUGUAGUGCUGAGGAAGCUGCCGGUUGAGGCCUCGGAGGCUGCGGGGGUGAGGACGGUCCGCGGUGCGUGUUUCUCCAGAGUGCAGCCGCAGCCGCUCCACAGGCCGCACAUCGUAGCAGUGUCUGCCCCCGCCGUGGCUCUGCUCGGUCUCGGCGCGGAGGAGCUGCUCAGUGAUCCCGUAGCUGCCGAUUAUCUAAGCGGAUCCAGGGUCAUGCCAGGCUCCGAGCCCGCUGCCCACUGCUACUGCGGUCACCAGUUUGGCCACUUCGCCGGGCAGCUGGGAGACGGGGCUGCCUGUUAUUUAGGUGAAGUGAAAGCUCCGGCUGACCAGAGUCCAGAUCUGCUGAAGGAAAACCCCAGCAAGCGCUGGGAGAUCCAGCUGAAGGGUGCAGGACUUACCCCUUACUCCAGGCAAGCGGAUGGGCGUAAAGUGUUACGCUCCAGCAUUCGUGAGUUCUUGUGCAGUGAAGCAGUCUUCGCUCUGGGGAUUCCCACCACACGUGCUGGCUCAGUAGUGACCUCAGACUCCCGGGUCAUGAGAGAUGUGUUUUACAAUGGCAACCCCGGCAUGGAGAGAUGUUCCGUUGUGUUACGCAUUGCUCCGACCUUCAUCAGAUUUGGCUCAUUUGAGAUCUUUAAAGCAGUUGAUGAACUCACUGGCCGGGAAGGACCCAGCUAUGGAUACAAUGAAAUUAGAACUCAGAUGCUGGAUUACGUAAUUGAAACUUUUUAUCCAGAGAUCCAGCAAAGCUACUCUGACCCAGUGGAGAGGAACACUGCAUUCUUUAGGGAGGUGGUAGUAAGAACAGCCAGACUGGUGGCUCAGUGGCAGUGUGUGGGAUUCUGUCAUGGUGUACUUAAUACUGAUAAUAUGAGUAUUCUGGGCCUUACAUUGGACUAUGGACCGUUUGGCUUUAUGGACCGUUUUGACCCAGACUUCAUUUGCAAUGCCUCUGAUAAUUCUGGCCGGUACUCAUAUCAAGCUCAGCCGGACAUUUGUCGCUGGAACCUGGCUCGGCUAGCUGAAGCUUUAAACCCAGACCUUCCCCCAGAUCGGGCACAGGCUGUGCUAGAGGAGUACCAGUCCCUCUACAACAACUUCUACUUAAGCAACAUGAGGAGGAAACUAGGCCUGCUGAGGAAAGAGGAGCCAGAGGAUGCGGCGCUCAUCACAGCCCUUAUGCAGACUAUGCACAACACAGGGGCUGACUUCACCAACACGUUCCGCAGUUUGAGUCAGAUCUCCUGUCCUGCAGAGGGAGAGGAGGUGGAGGAUGCUGAGGUCGUUAAACAGGCCACAGAGCUCCUUAUGCAGCAGUGUGCUUCUCUAGAGGAGCUAAAAGCUGCAAACAAACCUAGUAUGGAUCCACGUGAGAUAGCAAUGCUGCUUUCUAUAGCUCAGAGUAACAGUGCACUUUUUGGCAUGUUGUCUGAUCGGAAGACAUUGGCCCGGCAACUGGAGAAGCUUUCUAAUUUAAAAGAUCUGAUGGAAAGCACAGAAGAGCAGCUGAAGGCCAAGCAAACAGAGGACUGGACCGGCUGGAUCAAACAGUACAGACAGCGAUUGGCUCGUGAAUGUGAGGGAGAGUGUGAUGUGAAGGCGGUGCAGGAGGAGAGAGUAUGUGUAAUGGACAGCACCAAUCCGCGUGUAGUCCUUCGGAACUACAUUGCCCAAAAUGCAAUAGAAGCAGCAGAGAAUGGGGAUUUCUCAGAGGUUCAGCGGGUUCGGAAAGUGCUGGAGAAACCGUUCUGUUUGCAGGAGGGUUUGGAGCUUCUAGGCUACACUGGAGGACAGAAAUCAGCAGACACACGGGAGCGGAAUGAAGAAGGAGAACAAUUAGUCUCUGAAGAGGAUCUUACUGGAGCAGAGAACAGGGUGCCUGUAUCUUAUGAUAGCAAGCCUCCAGGCUGGGCAACUGAGAUCUGUGUCACCUGAUCAUCAUAGAGCCUUCACGACAUGUUACCUUUCUGGGUUUCUGUCAGUGAAGGCAAUUUAAAGUACGAACUCCUGUCAAUCAGUUUACUUAUAUACAGAGGUAAUGAAAUGGCUGGUUUACACAAUAGUCUGAGAGAUUGUAACACACAAUGAUAUAUGAUGUCAUGACAAUGCCUUUUAGAAACUAAGCUAAUCACAGCCUGAUACAUUAUCUAUGUAUGCUGAACUGGUUAUAAAUGAUGACUUAGACCACCAGUCUUAAAGAGACAGGUCUAAGUCUGAAAGACAGAUAUUGUAGUACACGCACACAAUAAACCAAAACGUGUUUAGUGUAUUAGGGCUUGAGAUAAAAAAAUUUGCCAUUUAGUUUUUGUUUUGUAAAUGUAUAUCUUUUUUCAAAUAACUUUAUAUUUUUAUUUAAUCUCAUCGUAGCUUUUUCGAACUGUGGUCUUCAGUGCCUUUCACCACCAAAGACCGGUCAUGGGCUCCACAAACACAUUUGUUUGUGGUUGAGACAUAAAAGAUCAGAUGGCAGUUUACCUCCUGUACACUGCAAAGACAUCUCCUACAUUCUGGUCAAGAGGUGGAUGAAUACAAGCAUGCCAUGCUUUUCUGUCUGCAUAGGGAUUGGUGUAGAAAUCCGCUGCUAUCUGGUUAAAAAGAAGCUGAUGGUAGCUGCACAUACAAGCAUGCAGCAGAGUGCAUAGGGGAAUUGGAUUCAUUCAAAUUAGAAAAAAGGAUGGAGAGGGCAAAAAUGUUUGAUCUGCAGAUGCACAAGUAGUAUUUUUAAUUAUUGGUUACAAAGGUAAUAAUUGUUGUACUAAAUCUAAAAACAAUUAUUUGAGCACUUAGUCAUUGUAAAGUGAUUUAGUGGGAGGGUGAUUGCCUUUGUAAUAUUUAUCAAAUAAAAACUACCAUCUGCUAAAGAAAAUGCUGUAAAUGUAUAUCAAUUCAUAAAUAAAAAAAAUCUAAGUUUUUUAA